CGCGAAUGGAUAUUUGCCAUUUCCAAGAUAAGCAGACAAAAUGUUCCAGGACGUGACGCUGGGGAGUGCGAGCUUUGAGGCGGAGCAGACCAAGACUGUAGUGGAGGUUUACGCCCAAACGCUUGAGAUCGAGAUGUUCGACUGCGAAGCUCAGACGGAGAACGAGAGCGUCUCGAGCUCCACUCAAACGGGUCAAACGCAACAGCCACCGACCAGAGGCAAAGGCAAAGACGCAACUUCUGAUACUCAAGAAGAAACCCAACGUCAAGUGGCGGAGUGUCUGCAAAAUGUCGGGAGUCUCAUGCUACGAGAAAUGGCAAAGAACGGAACAACCAGCUCCUGCUUCAGUGGUUUGGAACGAUACUUGGAAGAGUCCGAGGAGAAGGAUAUCACCAAACUUUUCCGGUUGCAAUUCGACUACGACACGUAUUUCCAGCCGCAACAAGGCACUGCAACAGCAAAUGACACUAAACCUUCAUCUUCAUUGCGACUGUCGUGCACAGGUGUAUCCUGGAAUGCAACAGGAUCGGUCAUCGCGGUAGCUUAUGGACGCUUCGAUCACUCCGGCUGGUGCAACUAUCGCUCCACUCUCUGUCUGUGGAAUGUGUUCCAAAGUGACCUCAACCAACAGAAACCUUCACUUGUCCUUGAAACUUCGAGCGGGCUCAUGUGCGUGGCCUUCCACCCUCAAAACCCAUCCGUCGUCGCCGCUGGUUCCUUCAACGGAGAAGUCUUCGUGUGGGAUAUGGAGCCAGCUGAGUAUAAAUUCUACUCGUCAGGCAUCGGGGACUACUUCCACCGCGAACCCGUUACCAAAGUCGCCUGGGUCUACGAUAUCCAAACCGCCGACUACAACAUUGCAAGUGUGAGUGGUGAUGGCAAAAUCCUCUUCUGGCGAGUCAAAGACAAGCUUGCAUUCCCUGUUGAAGGCUACGUCAUGCAGUUACCACAAGGUAUUGGAGGUUAUGGAAGUAAAGGCAGCAGCGACGAAACGCGUUCCCCAGUGAUCGGUGGCAAAGCAUUGGCCUUCAGUAGUACCGACAAGGCCAGUCGUGCAUUCGUCGUUGGCUCGGAAGGUGGAGUUGUCGCUCGAUGUUUCGCUAAAGCUGCAGCAAAUGUCCGUUCUUCGGACUUUAAAGGCGACAAGAAGUGGACAGCUACAGCCGCACGACUAGUUAGUAAACUCCCAGCCUCGAAGAUCCCCGCUGCACGUCGACAGGUGGAGGCAUAUGCAUCCGCUAAACGCAGUAAGGAAGUGACAUUGGCUACAGUAUACGAAGCCAGACUAGACCCCACGACGAUAUUCCCAAGUGCAAUGGACUUUGUCUUCGAACCUCAUACCUCUCCAGUGUACGACGUGAGCUUCUCACCAUUCCGGAAGAGUAUUUUCUUAACUGCAUCGGCAGAUGGAACCACGCGUGUUUACUCAACGAUGCAGCGUGAAUUGCUGCUUUCUUUCGAGGUAUCGCCCUCGUCAGCGUAUCUUUAUGCGGCUGAGUGGUCCCGUACACGCCCCAUGGUGUUUGCUGCAGCCAGUGAAGAUGGGAACGUCUACGUUUUCGAUCUCAAAGUCGACCGUGUCAAUCCUGUGCUGGUUCUAAACGGUAAAGACCCGAUUACGGGAUCAGUGUCAGGGUCUAGUGCUACGUCGAAGACAGGGAGUGGCAACAGCAAAGCGGUGUCUUCAAAGACUACAGUUGCAGCCCCAAUGUUUGCUCUCGACUUUAACCCUCGACAACGGAACUUUUUGGCGGCAGGCGACGCUGACGGGGUUGUGCACAUUUGGAAACUUUCGUGGCAACUCGCCAACUUCCAAACAGGCGAAGGCGAGUUACUGGAGGCGUUGGAGGCAAGCAGCUAGAUUCAAAUCUCAACAGAAAAAAAUAAAGCUGCCCGUGACAAUUUUUUUUGUAUCGCG